ACGCCAUGUCCAUACAGUCAUGGGUUCUCUAACUACCAUCGCUCUUACGUUUUCUUGUAUCAUUGCGUUAGUUUACUCUCAAUCCCCACACGUAACUACACCAUUGGGAAAUGUUACAGGAAAGACGAUUCUUUUUUCGGAAGAUUCGUACAUAGGUGUCAAUAAGUAUAUCGAUGUCUACAAGGGUAUUCCAUACGCCGAGCCCCCGGUCGGUGAUCUGCGCUUUGAAAAGCCCCUUCCGAAAGAACCUUGGUCAGGAACACUAAAUGCUACAAAAUAUAGUUCUUGGUGCAUCCAGUCUGGUGUACACUAUACAGUUGUGGGUGAAGAUGAUUGCUUGUACUUAAACAUCUUUGUACCUCAAACUAAGCCACGCAAUGCAGCUGUCAUGUUCUUCAUUCACGGGGGCGGCUUCGUAACAGGCACUGCCUCGACAGACGAUUACUCUGGGGUGGUAUUAGCUGCCACCGGUGACGUCAUUGUAGUAACCAUCAAUUACAGGCUCAACUUUUAUGGUUUUCUUACAACAGGAGAUGAUGACUAUCCUGGCAACAUAGGACUGUUCGAUCAGCUCGAGGCUUUAAAAUGGGUGAACAAAAACAUUGGAGCGUUUGGAGGCGAUCCAUCGCGUGUAACGAUCUUUGGUGAAAGUGCGGGAUCGGCCAGUGUAGAUUAUCAUCUCCUCUCAAAGGAAAGUUGGGAUUAUUUUAGCCAAGCGAUUUUAGAGAGUGGCACUACUCUAAGUAAUUGGGCUUACACGGAACGGGAUGAAGCCAAAGAUUUAGCGAUCAUGAUUGGUACGAAAGUAGGCUGUGAAUUUACGGAUAGUAAAGCAUUUGUAGAAUGCAUGAAAGGUGUCGAUCCUGGCGCUAUUGCAAAUGCUUCUGUAGGGAUAACUGUUUAUCCGGCACCUGUAGUAGACGGAAUAUUUAUAAAAAGCAGUCCCGAGAUUUUGAUUCGAAAUGGAGACUUUAAGACGGAGGCAACCAUCAUCGUCGGAACAAAUAAAGACGAAGGAACACUUGCCUAUUUGGUUUUACCAGACUACCAAAAACCAAGUACUCCGAAUGUUUCCAAAUCCGAGUUCCUUAAUUUAAUUCCAACAGCCUUUGUCCCGAUUAAGGAAGCAUCAAAUCCCCAUAUUCUGGACGCUAUAUAUUUUGAAUACACCGAUUGGUCUCAGUCAGAUGACCCUGAAGCUAGCUAUUUCAAUUCAGGUGUUCGGUUGGCCACAGAUUUUCAGUUUCUCUGCCCAAGUGACGCAGUACAGCGCGCGCAUUUCUCAGUGGGUAACAAAGUGUUCGUAUAUCUGAUGACCCAUAUUCCAAAGGUUUCGGUAUUUGAUGCUUAUAAUGAAUAUGCUCUUCCUUGGAUUGGGGCUGGUCAUGGAGAAGAACUCCAAUUUGUGUUUGGAUAUCCUUUCCUUAAUGGUUCAUUUACAUAUUCUUUGGAACAGCCGUCUGAUACUGACCGCAAUGUGUCAGUGGAAUUUAUGAGAUAUUGGACGAACUUUGCAAAAACAGGUGAUCCAAAUACCAGAGGAAAUGAGACGUCACACCAUUCCUUCGAUAAGGAUCUUGCCGUCUGGCCAGAGUUUACAAUUCCUGAACUUAAUUACAUUGAUAUUAAUCCGACGUCGUCAUCUGAACGAGCUUAUCGAGCCGACAAGUGUGCCUUUUGGAGCACGUACGAGCCAAAACUCGAGCAAUUUGCAGCUGACAUGUCCGAAUCAGAAGAAUUAUGGAGGAACGAUUACUACAACUGGAAGUAUAACGACCUACCUGAGUGGCAGAAGGCGUUCGAUGAUUACAAAGAAAACAAAGUCUGCACCUAAAUAACACGAAAAUUGUAAUAUGUAGGUCUAUGCCUAAAUAUUAGAAUAUAUUUAUAGAAAGAUUGUGAAUAAGAAUUCUAUUCAAUUACUAUAGUUUUUAAUUCAUGUUGUGUGUGUUGUUUUAAUAUUAGCGUGAUUUAACAUUUAAUUAAUUUAUUUAUUAUU